CUUGACCGGAAGCUAUCUCGCUGGCUCGUCUUCACCCAACUACACAUGCGUCUCAUCCGUUAUGUAAAUGAUCCAAGAUGGCCGCCGAGUUAAACGGAGGGGAAAUUCGAGCAAAACACGCGGAAAAAUACUGAUUUGGUGGCCAAAAUGAACUAUUUAGCUCCAUAGGAACUUGAUAUGGCUAGUAAAGAAAAUCUUGGAAGGAUAAAGCAUAUUAAUCUUACUACACAGCAGCGACGGCUGAGACAUCUUCACAGCAUAUCAGCAAGAAAUAUUAAACCAAAUUUUCCAUUGUCUGGUGCUACAUUGUUAGAAUAUCUUCUAGAGACAUUCUUCACUCUACAUGUACAAGAUACUAGCUCUCCUGCCAUCUACACAAGUGAGAAGAUUCUUUAUUCCUUGAAUCCAACAUGGUCCAGCUUUGAACUUAACACAUUGAAUGACAUCCUCCAAACCUCUACCUCAUUGAUUAUCGUCAAGUUAUGGGGAGGACAUCAGAGUAGCUAUAGGCUUCUAAUAGAGUGGAAAGUGGACUUGAAACUAUUGCAGUAUCUUGGAGAUCAGAUCAGAACAACACACCACCCACCUAACACGCUGAUAUUUGGUCUGGUCGAUGGAUACUAUGGAGCUCCUGUCACUAUCAAUCCUUUUCCCAAGACUGGUGACAGUGUUUCUUUUCCAAGCAUCAUUUCCUCCAUUAAAGUUGAGUUGGACCAGGUCACACCAAGCUACAGCAAGGCAUCUCUUGAGAGACUUGGUUCUCUACAAAGAGCUAUAAGACAAACACAGAUAUCAAUGCAAGAAUGUCAGCAAAAGAUUGAAGACAGGCUACUCACCACAGAGAAGUCUAUGUUACAGCUUGCAAAAAGGGAAAGCUUAAGACUAAAGGUAAAACUACUGCAGGAGGAACUUCUGGUCAAGGUUAAAGUAGUUAAUAAAGAGAAAGAAGAAGAGAAAAGAAUGUCUCUAACCAUCAGAAAAAGAGAACGGAACCUAGCAAAGAAGAGAAAGGACUUUGUAGAGAAAAACCUUCUACUAAGAGAACAUAAACAAGCACAUGUUGAUAAAAGAGAAUCACUAUUAAAGUUAAAUGCCCAGUUAAACAUGAGAAGACGACAGCUGGCCUGUGAACUGACACAUAUCUAUCCUAUUACCACGGUAAUCAGAGGAUCUGGAAAUCAGGUUAUUGAAGAAAAUUAUAUUUGUGGUAUUCGAUUACCCAAUUCUGAAUCAAAUGAAUUUUCCUCAACAGAUGAUGAAACAUUGUCAUGUUCCCUUGGUUACGCAUGUCAUUUAGUAUACAUGAUUAGUAAGAUCAUGGAGAUACCUUUGCGUUAUGCCAUGUACCCAAUGGGAUCAAGGUCAUCUAUCAUGAAUUAUGCUUUAGAGAAAGAGAAAGUAGCCGAUAAGGAGAAGGAGUUUCCAUUGUUUACCAAAGGAAAAGAAAGAAUCCAGUUUUAUUAUGGAAUAUUUUUAUUGAAUAAAAAUAUUGCUCAGCUUCGUCAGUAUUAUAAUCUUCCAACUCCAAAUCUACGGAAAACUUUACCAAACCUAAACGAUAUUCUUGUUAAGAAGUUUCAAGGAAGCUCUGACUCUCUGAAAUCCACAUCAUAUGCCAUGAAUGAACAAACUUCAUUAAAAUCACAGCUCGACAAAAAAUCUAACGACUCUCCUCUUUCCAAGUCUAAAAUAGACAAUGAUGUUUUAAUUGAGAAUAUAAAAAGUGCUGACGGGACUAAACCACCGCUGAUGGCAAAGCCUGUCGGCUCUAUUAGCGUUGAUGGUGAUCAAAGUGCGAGCAUAUCGCCAACAAAACCACCGCUGAUGCCUAAACCUGUCGGCUCUAUUAGCGUUGAUGGUGAACAAAAUGUGAGCAUAUCGCCAACAAAACCCCCGCUGACGCCUAAACCUGUCGGCUCUCCUAGCGUUGAUGGUGAACAAAAUGUGAGCAUAUCGCCAACAAAACCACCGCUGAUGCCUAAACCUGCAGGCUCUACUACUGUUGAUGGACACCCGGAUUACAGCACAUCACCAACAAAGCCACCCUUACCUCCAAAACCGCGUAGCCCGUCCAGAAAUACUAAAGAUAAACAAGGAAUCAUAAACAGCGAAAAUAAGCUGCUAUCAAUGGUCAACAUUCGUUACGACGUCACUUCCGACCAAGAUACGGACGAUCAAAGACUAGAAGAUUUGCCCGAACAAACGCUUGACCCGUCACAUAAAAUACGAGGCAUUGAAAAUAAUGGAACGGUCUCUGUUGACCCGCCGACAAUAAUACCGCCUCCACAAGGCGCAACGCACAGGUUCUUUGAGAGAAGAUCGCGGAAAAAAUCCACUCCUGAAACUGCUGCGAAGGGACAGGAAAACAAGGCAGAGAAGAAAAAAAAGAGAAGGUCUUUACAGGAUGUUCGGGGGGUCCCAGUCGAGGUGAUGAGAGAAAGGGCGGCCUUACGAGCCGGAAUAAACGAACAACGAAACCAGAUGGGGAGACAGGCAGCAAUAGCUGAAUCCGGGGUGCAGUCAGGUUCCACGUCAGAAAACUCGGUAGUAUCGAACGAAAUGGAAUCCACCAUUCACUCCUCAUCAGAACAAAUAAGACACCAAGACAACACUACCAAUAUCAACCCGAUGAUCAAUUCCAGCUAACAUAAUCUAUGCUGCAAUAUCACUGGCCUCUUUGUGACUCAUGAUUGGUUGACAAGGAAACUCGCGUAUGUCCAAGCACUUUGAUUGGCCUACACUCUUCGUGGCUCAUGAUUGGUCGACAAGUGAACCCAUGUAUGUCCAAGCACUUUGAUUGGCUCACACUCUUCGUGGUUCAUGAUUAGUCGACAAGGAAACUCACGUACGUCCAAGCGCUCUUAAUGGGUCUCACCUUCCGUUGCUCCUAAUUGUCGUCAAGGUAGCCUCGUAUUUCCAACAGUGUGAUUGGCUUACACGCUCCGAAACUUAUGUAUUUCUAAGCACCGAGAUUGGUCGCAGUCUUCGUGGUUUAUGAUUGGGUGACAGGGGAAUCCACAUAUUUCCAAGCACUGUGAUUGGCUUACUUCCUCCACAUUGGUGAUUGGUUCAUAGCUACUAUUCUUAUUAAGAGUGUUUUUUUAUUUACUUUAGUGGUUAGAAACCUUUAGAACACUAUACUGCUAUACUGAAUCGAUAACGAUAGAGUAAAGUUCCAAUAGGGGAACAUUUCAAGAAAUUCCAAAAUGUGCGGAGAAUAGCACAUGAAUAACGUUGAAAUUAAAAAAAAUUUUUUUUUCAAAAGACAAAAAUAAAUUAACGGGGACGCAUCUUCUGUACAAAGAUAAUUUCAUAUGAAAAGCAUGAAGAAAUUUUAAUAUUCUUAUAUAGAAAACACUGAUGAUUAUAAUAAACUAGAGGCAUCUAAUGAGGGAAAUUUUCAUGUCAAAAGGAAAACAAACGAUAAAUGACAAUAUUGUGAUGUCUCUUUCUUAUGCAAGGGAUAUCACAAUACACAUCGAAUCGAAAUAUGGCGAUCAAUAUUUUAUUUCUAGACUGACUAGCCUCUCAUAAUAUGUUUCCACGUGAACACGAUCGCGAAGCAGUCCAUAACAAUAGUUAGUCAAAGUGGUCGCCAUAUUUCGACUCGCUGUAUGGUAGGAAUUUUAUGUAGAAUUUGUAAAGUCAACAUGUAAAUAAAUUCAACGAAAUAACGAUAAAUAAAGUGAAAGAAAAUUGC